AUGGCAUCACCCCCUCAUGCAUCGGUGGAUGAGAUCCAAAGUGAAAUUGCCCUCUUAGAAAGUCGUUUAAACGAGGCAAAGGCUCGCCUCAGCGCCUUUGGCUCAGCUUCAGCGCCCUCAAUACCAUUCCGCCCUCAACUAUCCGCCUCGUCAUCCACGCAUUUUCUCUUCCUCCUCUCCGACUCCGCCCUGCCCAUCGGAUCCUUCGCCUUCAGCAGCGGCCUCGAGUCCUUCGCCGCGCACAACCGCCGCGCCUCGUCCUUCAGCACGUUUCUGCCCCUGUCGCUCUCGUCAUAUGCCUCGACAACGCUGCCUUUUGUCCUUGCCGCGCAUCGCCAUCCCGCUUCUCUCGCGGCUCUAGAUGACGAGCUCGACGCGGCGGUGAUCUGCACCGUUGGGCGGCGCGCCAGCGUCGCUCAGGGAAGAGCCCUGCUGAGCAUCUGGGAGCGCUCGUUCAAGGCGAUUCUGCCUCCGGGGAGCGAGAGCGAUUCGCUCAUCUUGAAGGAUUUCUCGACGCUGCUGCGUCGCGAGAGCAACAAGGCGGGCGGCGAGGCUCCGCUCGUCUCGGCACAUCUUGGCCCGCUGUUUGGCGCGAUUUGCGCCAUCGUGGGGUUGACGUUGAGACAGACGGCCUAUGUCUUUAUGCUGAGCCACGUCAAGGCGUUGAUCUCGGCAGCGGUGAGGGCAAAUAUGUUCGGGCCCUAUCAAGCACAGAAGCUGCUCGCCAGCGAGAAUGUGCAAGACGUGAUCAAUGCCAUGGUGGAGAGGGAAUGGCAUACGCCCGUGGAGGAGGCUGGGCAGAGCGUGCCGAUUGUUGAUCUAUGGGUUGGGCGACAUGAGCUGCUUUACUCAAGAAUAUUCAAUAGCUGA